AGGUGGUUUGAUUUGAAAAUACACAACGAUAUGCCUUAUUUCAGGACCCGCGCCAUCAUUCUCUCAUUGAUCUGAAAGAUACACCCCCGAUUGAUGCAGUAGUUUCGUAUAUAAACACUACGGAAAUACAUGAUGCGCUCGUCGCUAUGAAGGUUCUCACCCCCGAUCUAGCAGCUCUUGUGGGUCUCUGGUGUACAACCGUUUUUUAUGGAGUCAAUCUCGUCCUAUACUUCUGCUGUCUGCACGUUCUAAUCAGGCGUAGGACAUCGACUUCAUGGGUCCUCCUUGGUGCUGCGACCGUGCAGUUCGUACUUUCGACAGUCCAUAUUGCUGCAGGCCUAAGGUCCAUGAUCGAGGGAUUCAUUUGGAGCAAUCAGGUGCCCGAAGGCUCGUACUACUAUUGGGAGGACAUGACACGUCCCGUGUAUAUCUUGCAGGAAGCGACAACUGUUACUAAUUGUCUCAUCGGCGACAGCAUACUCGUCUGGCGUUUGUACGUCAUCUGGGAUAAGAGGAUCCUUUUGUGUCUCUUCCCCGUGUCUGUUGUACUCGCUUUUGGUGUCUGCGGUUACAUCUCCGUUUACCGCAUAUCUCAUCUCAGUCUAUCAGACGUUCAUAUGGUGGACGAUGUUCUCAACUGGCUGCAAGCCACAUGGUCUUUAUCACUUGUCACCCAAAUCCUCGUAACCACGUUGAUUGCAACACGCAUCUGGUGGUUGUCAAGACGGGCGUUGACCCGGACAUCUAGAAAGCAGUCCAAUCCGUAUAUGACUGUUAUAUGGACUGUAGUCGAGUCUGGCGGCGUAUAUGCUUUCACUGCAGCUCUGAUGCUCGCUUUCUUUACGCAGCGUAGUCAUGUGAGUACGGUCAUGGGUGAUGCCUUGGGGCAGAUUAGUGCUAUUGUACCUUCCUUGAUCAUAGUCAGGGCCGGUUUGGGAUAUUCUCAAACGGGGCUGUCGAGGGACUCGAGCUCUGCGGGCUCCAGAUAUGGAGGUCCCUUGCACAUCACUGUGGAUCAAAGUGUGUCGUACGACCAGGGAUACAAGCUUGAAGGGCGCGAUGAAUAUGGGGGAAAUCGUCACAGUACAAACGGUGUUUAGGGUGUCUUCUUUACACAGUGUAUCGGUACUGGUACUCAAGCUUUAAGCAGUAGCCUUAUUAUUAUUAUCCAUGGUUCUUGUUGAAUAAUACUUGGUUGUUUCGAUUCUCUC